UCGCAAUUUCAGGUUUCAUCUUGCUUGCGGACUGCAGACCAAACAAGCCCCUUCCUCCUGCUUCCUUGUAAUGAACUAACUGGUACCGGUAGUGACAAGGCAUUACAUUACACUCCCUCUCGAGCGGUCAGGUUCUCUCUCCAAACUAGACUAACACUCACACCAAACUCCCGACAAAAGCAAGAAGACUGCCUUGGCGGGGUACCAGUGCACCGUGUAUGGCAACUUGUCGCGGUGGCAACAAGGCUCAUCGUACGUACCGUACGGUAUCAUACUCGUCCAAAGAAAAAGAGAACCCUUCUAUUGUCUUGAUCUAAGCGGUGGCAUCCAUUGAUCAAGAACCGCAGCUUGGAAUCCAGCUUGUACCCACUCCUCUAUCCACCCUCCACCAUCACUACACACCAUCACUACACACUACAUCCAUCCAUCCAUCUAUCAUGUCAUCGGCGGAAGAACGCGCUAGUGGGUAUUCGCUGCUGCAGGAGCAAGUGUUGGCGAUUAGCCCCAAGAUUUCGGCGUCGAUCAGUAUCCCGUGCAGUUGCUUUAUCAUUGCCGAAGUGAUUGGAGAACACAAGGCAGGUCGCGGCACGACAGCCGUCCAACGGACUCUGUUGGCCAUGAGCUGUGUCGAUAUUGCCGCCAGUUUCGCGUGGUUCUUGUCCUCGUGGGCCGUGCCGGCCGAAAGUGACUUUGCCUUUGCCGCCGGGACUGUGACCACGUGCACUAUGCAAGGCUUUUUGCUCCAAUUUGCCAUUGGAGCGCCACUCUACAAUUCCAGUCUUUCGCUGCUCUAUCUACUCAUGAUCAAAAUGAGAUGGACCGACCAACAAUUGGCAAGGGUCGAAAAGUGGAUUCAUGUUUGUGUCGGAGCAUGGACACUCGGAACAUCCACGCUAUUGCUACCACUCAAGCAGUACAAUCAUAUUGGGGCGGUAUGCUGGGUGAUUGGAUCUCCCGGUGGUUGCGGGAAUAGCAGCUUCCAAGCCAACCCAGAGGUGGAAUGUGAUCGAGGGGACUAUGCCUGGGCUUGGGGAUUGGCACUCUUUUACGUGCCCCUCUGGCUCUGCGUCAUGGCCUGCAGUGUCUCCAUGGCAUUGCUCUACAGCGAGGUACGCACCACACACCAACGAUCCAUUCGAUACUCCAAUGCCAUUGUCGGAUUGCAAUCAUCAGCACGACGCCAUACGAAACGUCUGGCACACAGCAGUAGUCAAGAUACCAACCGUGUUGCCAUUCAGGCUAUUCUCUACAGUCUCUCCUUUGUCAUUACCUGGUUGCCAUCCACGCUGUGGUCCAUUGCUCAUUGGUUCCAUUGGAGUCAUUACGGGCUGGACAUUGCGGCUGCCAUUGCCGAACCGUUGCAAGGUCUCUGGAACUUUCUCAUUUUUCUCAAGAGUCGUCCUCGAACCGUGGCCAAGAUUCGAAACAGCGUGCAACGAUCCGCGUCACGGUUGGGCUUGUUUGUGGGGUUGUCGUCGACGACGACGUCGUCGCGUUGGAGUAUUUUCUCUAUGCGGCCCAACGACAGGGAUGAAUCUUCCACCACUACGGGUGUGGCCCGCAACAACGCCGUGGAACGGAAUGACGAGCACGGCAAUGCGGAACUACUCGAUACGCAACACACCGCGGCAUGCAUGUCGUCGUCGUUUCGAGCCGCAGAGGACGGGAGCGAGUGCUCCGGUAUAAGGAUGAAUGGCGACGUAGCCGACGACAUGCCAAGGGAUCUCUUCUCGGAGGACCAUCACGACGACGAGACAGUUGAAGAAAAGUCCACGGCACAAAACUUUGACGAAAUGAUUGUUCAGUUGUCACAGCGUCACCUCAAACUGGAAGCCUCGUUCCGACACAGUGUGGCGCGACAACAGGCGCGACAACAAAUCAUCAAAGAGUUUGCCAUGACCACCAGCAUUGAAGAAGAGGGCUCGGAUGAUGAUGAUGAUGAUGAUGAUGAUGCGAAUGGUGGUUCUUCCGCGGCAGAUGAUGACCAUGACGACCACACAACGGAUCAUUCAUUGAGAGUGAUUGAAGAAAACCAUGCAGCAGUCGACAACCAUGAUGACAAACUAGAUGCCAGUGGACAAGAAUCCAUCCAACCGUUGGCAAUGGGGGAAGCAGCCCCGGAGAGAAUACCGAGUGCAAAAGAAGAGGUCCCGCCGCCAUUGGAAAAGAAACACGUCGAUGUUCACCGCACAUGGGUUCGUGUGGAAAACAGCCGGGGCGAGAAGCAAAGUAAUGAUGAUUUUACAGUAUAG